AUGUAUCGCCUACCGAAUCAUCCACUUAUCAAGAUGACCAGAACCGUGCCUUUUGGAUUCUUCGUCUUGGCGCUGACCGUGACAAGCUGCUUGGCGGCCAUCAGCGAGGUGAAAACCAACAACCCCGUCACACAGAAGCCUGGUCGUUUCCUCAGCUUGCCUGUCGCUCAGAAAUGUAGUCAAAGACCGAAAGAAUUCACUUACAAAGGACGCAAUUACUUCUAUAGUGGCCACACGCAACAGUACAAAACAUCCAAAGUUGAUUGGUUGGAAGCAAGAAAUAUCUGCCGAGAAUACUGCAUGGACCUUGUAUCGAUUGAAACUCAAGAAGAAAACAAUCUCAUUUUCCGACUAAUCCAACAAAAUGACGCUCCUUACAUAUGGACCAGUGGACGGUUAUGCGACUUCAAGGGCUGCGAGAACCGACCGGACCUUGAGCCGAAGACCGUGAACGGAUGGUUCUGGUCGGCAACCCGGGGCAAGAUAUCGGCUACCAACCAGACAUCAGCUGGCUGGACGUACAUUCCAUGGAGCAAGAGUGGGCACAAGAAGACACCACAGCCGGACAACGCUGAGUUCGACAUCAAUGGCACAGUGGAGUCGUGUCUGAGCGUACUCAAUAACGUAUACGGCGACGGCAUAGCGUGGCACGAUAUUGGUUGCUAUCACGAGAAGCCAUUCGUGUGUGAGGACAGCGACGAGCUCCUCAGCUACGUGGCCGCCACCAACCCAGGACUCCAGCUCUAA